AUGGGUUUAGAACUUGACCACAGUAACCUUGGUGGAGAACUGGACUACAGUAACAUUGGUGUAGAACUGGACCAAAGUAACAUUGGUGUAGAACUGGACCACAGUAACAUUGGUGUAGAACUUGACCACAGUAACCUUGGUGUAGAACUGGACCCCAGUAACAUUGCUGUAAAACUGGACCCCAAUAACCUUGGUGUAGAACUGGACCACAGUAACCUUGGUGUAGAACUGGACCACAGUAACCUUAGUGUAGAACUGGACCACAGUAACCUUGGUGUAGAAGUGGACUACAGUAACCUUGGUGUAGAACUGGACCACAGUAACCUUGGUGUAGAAGUGGACUACAGUAACAUUGAUGUAGAACUGGACUACAUUAAAAUUGGUGUAGAAGUGGACCACAGUAACCUUGGUGUAGAAGUGGACUACAGUAACCUUGGUGUAGAAGUGGACUACAGUAACCUUGGUGUAGAAGUGGACUACAGUAACAUUGAUGUAGAACUGGACUACAUUAAAAUUGGUGUAGAAGUGGACCACAGUAACCUUGGUGUAGAACUGGACCACAGUAACCUUGGUGUAGAAGUGGACCACAAUAAGGUGAGGAAGAGAAGAGUAAGGAGAAGGAUAAGUGAAGAAGGAGAGAGAAAAGAGAAGGUGAGAGAAGAGAAAGAGAAGAGAAAGGAGAUGGAAGAGAAAGAGAAAGGAGCAACGAAGAGAAAGGAGAAAGAAGAUAGGAGGAAGAGAAGAGAAAGGAAGGAUGGACGGGAAGAGAAGAGGAAAGGACCAAGGAUGGGUGGAAGAGAAGAGAAAGGAAGGACGGAGAAGAGAAGAGAAAGGAGAAGAAGGAAGGACAAGGAAGAGAAAGAGAAAGGAGAUGAGAAGAGGACCAAGGAAGAGAGAAGAGAAAGAGAAAGAAGGAAGGACGAAGAGAAGAGAAAGGAGAAGACAGGUGAGAAGAGAAAGGACAAGAGAAGAGAAAGAGAGGAAGGUAAGAUGGAAGAAGGAAGAGAAGAGAAAGAAGAUGGGUAAAGGAUGACGGUGAAAGAGAAGAGAAAGGAGGAGGUAAGGAAGGAGGAAGGGAUGGAAAAAGAGAAGAGAAAGGAGAUGGAGAAGAGAAAGAAGAUGGAUAAGACGGUGAAGAGAAGAGAAAAGAAGGAAGACGAAGGAAGGAAGAAGAGGAGGAUGAAGAGAAGAGAAAGGAGAAGGGUAAGAGAGGAAAGGAAGAGAAGAGAAGAGAAGAGGAGAAAGAAGGAAGAUGGAAGAGAAGAGAAAGGAGAGAAGGAAAGGGAUGGUGGAAGAGAAGAGAAGGUGAAGAGAUGGAAGGAAGAGAAGAGAAAGAAGAUGGAAGAGAAAGAGAAAGGAGAAGGAGAAAGAAGGAAGGAGAGGAAAGAAGAGAUGGGAUGGAUGGAUGGAAGAGAAGAGAAAGGAGAAGGGUGGAUGGAAGAGAAGAGGGUGGAAGAGAAGAGGAAAGGAGAUGGGAAAGGAUGGAAGAGAAGAGAAAGAAGAUGGGUGGAGGAUGGAGAGGAAGAGAAGAAAAGGAGAAGGAAGAGAAGAGAAAGGAGAUGA